UCUCUUAAGCAUAACAAUGUGUUAAUUUGUCCCUUUAGCACCUUAGUAAGGAGGUCAAGUAUAAAUUUACGAAUCAAAAUAAUUUAUUCUUACAUUUUUAACAAAUUUUUAUUAUUUUAUAACCUUUCAUUCUCGAUAAAAAAAAAAGAUAUUGCAUUCUAUAUGCAAGACCGAGGUUCAAACCCGGGAUCUCCUACUUAUUCACCUAAAGAGGUGAAUUUAUAGCCAUUAGGCUUCAAGACAAAAAAGAAGAAGGGAAAUCGCAGAAGCAUAUGCCGCUUAGGAAUGAUCAAACACAAGUAAUGUUUUAUCAACGGUCAUAUCAGACCAAUCAAUUAUAAUUCAAAGCAUGUGAUUCUAUGACAGUUAGGAAUGUAAAUGGAUAUUCAUGGGGGCGGAUAGUAUGAUAUCCAUGUUAGCCUCGUUAGAUAAAUAUAAUAUCAAUAUCCGUUCCAUAUCCGUGUGGAUAUCCACUAAACGGAUAAUUCGCGGAUUUUGAGGUAUCCGCGAAUAUUAACAGAUAUUCAUUGAUGAUAAAUUUUUUUUAAAAAGUAUUAUCCAGACAGAAGGAGUAUAAAAAGGAUUUGGAUCCUCUCCUUCACUCUCCUCUCAAUCUCUCUCCAACCUCUCUAUCUCUCUCUUAAUCUCACUCUCUCUUAUUAUUAUUUUAAAACUUUUUAUUGAAGAAAAAGAUUGAAAUUAAGAGAAAGAUAGAGAGGAUGAAAAGAGACGGAGAAGAAAGUGAAGGAGGAGAUUCAAUCACGCAUAAAAAGGGACCGUUGGAAUAUAAAACUUAAAUGUAGUGGGGAGCAGUUACGUCUUUAUUUUAUUUUUUAAAAUCCACUAAAUUGGCCACGUCAGCUGUGUAAAACAAGUGUAUGGCUAGAGAAGUGUCAACUAAACAUUAGCUUUAAGUCCAAAAAAAAAAAGUGUCAACUAAACAUUAUCUUAUAGAACAAAAGCAAAAGAGGAUAAAUAAAUAAAGAAAGAAAGUGGAUGAGAUUUUCAAAUAUAGAAAGAUAAUGUUAUUUUGUGGCCCAAGUUUAUUGCCACACUAUGGAUCCUCUGUGCCUAAUUUUCUACAUGUUGAAAACCAUCAUCAUCAUCAUCAUCAAUUGAGUAGAAGAAGCUUAAUCAUCACUUGCAAAUCUCAUCAUAGUGAGAGUAUCAAAAGAGUAUGCUACAACUCCAGUCUAACACUUGCUACCUUUCUCACAACUGCUGUAGUAAUAGCUUCAAUUGCAAGAGCUGAGGAAUUUGAGACUCUUUCCAACAUACCUCAAACUCUAUCUGGUGAAUGCAAAACUCAACAAGAUUGCAAGAAAGCUAAAAUACAGAAACCUAAGUCAAGGAAAGCAGAAUCAUGUACAGGUAAAUGUGUCACUACUUGUAUUAGAGGUGGUGAAGGUUCUCCUGGUGAAGGCCCUUUUAAUGUCAUAAGACCGUUGGUUGUUUUUAAGCAAGGUUUUCGAACUCGUCAAUACUGUUUGGUGGAAUGUUCUGAUAUCUGCAAUUUGAUAAACAGUGCUGACAACAUGCCUUGAAUUUAAACUGCAUCGGUAUUAAUAAACCUUGUAUAUAUAAUGUGAGUGCUUCACUUAUUUCAUUUUCUAUAUAUAAGGGACGGCCCAAGCAUAAGACAAUUCAAGUCCUUGCUUUAGGCCUCACAAAGAAACUAAUUCUUUUUAAGCUCACUAGGCCUCUAAAUAAUCAUUUGUUUAUUAUAUAUAGGCCUCAAAUCCAAAUAAUGUUAAUGUAAUUAUUCGUUCAUUUAUUUAUUUGAAUUUUUCUUUUCCCA